ACGUUCUUCUCUCCAGGCCUUCUUGAUAACGCAGAAAGAAGCCGCUAUAUGACAGUUCAGAAGAUUAGACUUGCGUCGAGAUGCGAAAUCUUAUGUCAUUUAGUUGUUUAGUCUUGGGAUUACAAAAGUUAAUGAAGUAAUUUUGAGGAUUUUAGACGGGAUCCGACGAACGCAGCUAGCCUCGAACAUUCAUUCGAAACGCAAUGUGCAUGAAUGGUUUGAUUCGUCGUACGCUAUAGCCUAGCACGUUCGUCCUACACGCAAUAUGCAUGAGUGAUUUCAUUCGAUGAACGGUGGCUGUGCGUCAGUGCGCGGAUUCUUCUGAGAAGAAAUUUUGAGCGUCCGUGAUUGACACCUGCCGCAAAACUUAUGCCGUUGCUUCUCUGGCUCCCUCGAGGAACAGCAGUGUAACUCUGAGGCCGGAUGUGGCCAAUUUACUCUGGGUCCGUGACAACAACAGGAAUCGUCUCCUCCCGUACUCACGAAGAAGAUGAACCCUGUGAUCCUGUGACCAUGCUACGAUGACGGUGGCCAACUUGUUACAAUCUUUCGUACCUAUGAGAAUGUACUGUGUGGUCUUCAUCAUGUGGUAGUUGGUGUGAGUAGCGGAAGCUUUUAUUCCAACCUUUGCGAGCUGUACUCGCGAAAGCAGAACGAAGAUCUCAGGAACCAGGCAUCUUCGAAACUGGUCCCGACCUUUUAACUGGCCGGGACCAGUUUCGAAGAAGUAAUCAAUACUACGAGCGAAAGGUGUCUGCGUUUACGAAGUGAACGAGUGAAAGUUGUGACACACACCUCAAGGACUUAGUAAGAUAUACUGACUUCUCUUCGCCGGUCUUGCCUGCAUCUGCCCAAAUACUGUGCACGGUACUCCUCAGAUUGUACUUGUCACUCUAGCCAUUAAUCUUGGGCGUUACAGUUGUGUACUACACCCAAUUACUGUCACAGCUUAAAUUCAGGAGUCAGAUGUGUGGAUGAGACGCUCCUCGGUUUUGAAAAUCUGGUCUUUGAGAUGUUAAAAAAACCUGGACAGGUAUACGAAAGGCUCCUGUGGCCACAAAGGACAUGAAGUCGGUUGCACAAGAGGAAGAUGAGAACUGAAUGACAUCCUCACGUGGUGUGGUGUAAACAGACUAGACUAUUUUAUCAUGUUGAUUCCUCGUUUUGAGGAGAUCCAGCAAGGAAUGUAGAAGGAACAAAUCUCGUACCAAUGUCAAGCGCUGAACUGGACGAUGAUGGGCGUCCUAAACGCACAGGAACGUUUUGGACGGCAUCUGCCCAUGCAAUAACCGCAUGUAUAGGAUCUGGAGUAUUAUCUUUGGCAUGGGGAGUCGCUCAGCUUGGCUGGAUAGCUGGGCCCUUGGUGAAUGUUUCCUUUGCCGUCAUUACAUACUUCACUUCGGUUCUGCUCGUUGAUUCCUACCGCUACAUGAAUCCUGUCUCUGGGAGGCGGCUGUACACAUAUAUGGAUACAGUGAAGAGUUAUCUGGGGCGGAAGGACACGUUUGUUUGCGGACUUGUGCAGUAUACCAAUCUUUUCGGUAUUUGCAUUGGUUACACCGUUACCGCCUCAGCCAGUAUGGUGGCAAUCAAACGGGCCGGCUGUUUUCAUGAAAGAGGACGUCAUGCAGAAUGUCACGUAUCAAACAAUUUGUACAUGGGUAUUUUUGGCGCAGCUCAAAUCUUCUUCUCGCAAAUUCCAGAUUUUGCUCAGACUUGGUGGCUCUCAGUACUUGCCGCAAUCAUGUCAUUCUCCUACUCAGGCAUCGGUCUUGUAUUGAGUCUCAUUAAAUUCUUCGAUGAAGGACAAGUUAGGGGGACACUUUAUGGUUGGCCUAUUGGUAAUGGACAGGAUGAAUACAGUAGAGCUCAGAAAGUAUGGAAGACAUUGUCGGCAGUAGGCGAUAUUGCCUUUGCAUACAGUUUCAUUAUAGUACUUCUUAACAUACAGGACACGCUGAAAAGCCCUCCGCCAGAGAACAAGACCAUGAAAAAGGUUGCGCUGGCAUCAAACCUUACUUGCAGUAUUUUCUACUUGUCCGUUGGUUGUGUGGGCUACGCUGCCUUCGGUAACCAUGCUCCGGGGAACCUCCUCACAGGCUUCGGGUUUUACGAGCCAUAUUGGCUCAUCGACUUCGCCAAUGCAUGCAUCGUCGUUCAUCUUGUGGGAGCUUACCAGAUUUUUGCUCAACCGCUUUUCUCUUUCUUAGAAGGUUUGGUAUUGAAAAGAUGGCCAAAGAAGACCUUUCUCAACAAUACUCGAAGUGUGUCCAUACGUGUUGUUGGUAGAAUCCGACUGAACAUUUUCCACCUGGUCUGGAGAACCAUCUUCGUUCUGGUCACGACGCUUCUCGCUCUAUUAUUGCCUUUUUUCAACAGCAUUAUGGGCUUGCUAGGAGCUUUAGCCUUCUUCCCGCUAAGUGUCUAUUUCCCCAUCCGGAUCUAUAUGAAACGAACCAACUUGCGACAUUACAAAUGUGAGUGGUGGUUUCUAUGUACAUUAAUGGUUAUCUGCCUCCUAGUUUCUAUCGGUGCUGCAAUUGGAUCUGUUGCAGAGAUCCUUCAAGAUACAAGACACUACAAACCUUUCAACUGAAACUAACGUCUGUUAUAUGCUGCAGUACCUGUAUUUCAUGUUUCAAAAGGAAUUCAGAAUAUCCGUUUGGCAGCCUCAUCCUACAAAGAUGUCUCGACACUUCGUCUGAAAUGUCUUGGCUCUUUAAAGCCUUGAAGUGCCAGACAGAUUUUCCGACUGCCAGUUGUCUUUAAAAAUUGAUUAUUCUAAUUCUUCUUUUACCAACUUAUGUCAUCUACAAUUAGAUACAAGAUUAUCCAGUUAUAGAAGAUUGAGAACUAUCCACUUGCAAAACUGUUGAUGAAAUUCCAAGCUUUAACAACGUUCUUUCCUCAUCUGCAAAUUGAAAGCAUCAGCUUGGAGUUGUCGAUGCGCGCCCUCAUAUCCUCGUUUUCUGAGUCUAGUCCUGUUUGUUGCGCGGUGAAAAGUAAUAAAUGUUCUCUGUUCGAACUAGAAGUAUGUCAUAUGUCAUCUGCAGUCUGGACGGAUAGACUUUAGCAACACGUAACUAAAAAGGAAGACUGUCGGAAUAAGGUAUCGAUCCUCGUGGACUCAAAGUUGCAUGAAUCUCCUCUGACAGAUUCGGGGCGGAAAAAAACAGACUACAAAUUGAGAGCUAAGAGAAGAACUCCAAGUCUCCCAAGUUCUAGCGAACGACAGACAUGUCACCGAAAGUAUGCAACCAAGGUGUCCAAGACGUUACCCUCACUUGCGAUCUAGCGAUCACUAUCUUUGGAAUGCGAGAGCCUCAGGGACGAGGAAAUGGAUCCUGCAAUGGUUAGUCCAGCACAAGGUGCAACCCUCAAUUGGAGCAGUUAAGAAAAGCUAGAGGCUGGAGUUUCUCUGCAAGUAGAAUUAUCCUGCAAAAUCGACUGACCUUUUCAGAGACGUCAUAUGAGCCAAAUGCAUUACAGUCCAGCGUGAGUUCUCAAACGCGACGGGCGUUGCCAAAAUUUCUUCUCGAAGUGAUCAUCGUCAUCCUCAAGCUCCAGCUCCUCACCUUCAACUCGCAGGGUUCCGUAUGAGUUCACAGCCCCAUCCCUUGACGGAUGGAUGUUCGAAUCCGUUGUAACUUCCAAAGUCAGACUGUCAAGAGGCACCCCGAUGCAAGACAUUGAUGAAAAUACUUCCUAGUAUCUGCGUCAGAGCUAUGCCUCCAUUCCUGCAUCCGUGUGCAGAGACUACUCUU